UAUAAAAAGAAAACAAUGUGUUGUUGUCUUCUGUUCUCUGGUUUUCUUUGUUUCUUUUUCGUCCUUCAACUUCAGCUGAUUUUUGUUGAUUUGUGAUCACGUGGCUUCAAACUGCAUGCGAGAUGCAAGUCAUGUGUUGAAUGCAGUAUUUUAUUUUUUAGUUUCUUGAUAUCUUCUAUACAUUUCAUGAACACAAAUUCGAAAAAUCAUGUUUUUCGACUUGAAGAAAGAGGACGUGCUUAUGCAGGUUCGGGAAAAAUUAAGGGAUGACAAGAUCAAGCUAUGGUUGGAUCCUUAUUACGAUCAAACAAAGGGCCCAGUGAACGAUGAAUUGAAGAGAUUAGCUGAAAGUUUUUCUGCUUCUCUGAAAAUUGAUUUAGAUUCUUGCCUAGAAGUGCUUACCGAACUGCAAGAAAGUUCCCUUGAGAAUUUGAAGCAGAAUACAAGAUACAAAGAAAGCGGUUUAGCAACUCUAAAAAUAAAGGUUUUACAUCACCAAAGCCCUCCAAAAAUAAUUCGUAAAGAACUAUUGUUAACUUUAAAAGCGAGUGAUUUGAAAUCUUUGAUUAUGCAAGAUAUUACUGUUCCAGACAAUGGGUUGAAAUUGAUAUCAUCGGGCAAAGUUCUAGCGGACAAUGAAUCUUUGUUGAAUCAGGGUGUCAAACAUGGUAAUAUGAUUUUAGCCAUUGUUGUAGGGGAUUCCCAAAAUGAAAUGAAAGAAAGUGAGGACCAGAUCAAAGAAUUAGAAGGAAUUAAAUCAGACUCUAGGUUACUCGCCUCUGAUGAUAAGUAUAUUGAGUUGGAGGAUCAAUUCGGUAAUAUUGUCAGAAUGCCUCCUGCAGAGAAGGAAGCCCUAGUAAUUGCAAUGACUCUUCAGAAAAAAGGUGAAGUUGCCAUGAAGAAAGGCGAUUAUUCCAGAGCAUUGGUUAUGUUUUUAGAAGCAGACCAGGAGUAUAAGCAAUGCAACUCAAAGUGGUUGGCUGCAGUUGAUAACUAUGGUUUGCUGGAUUUGGAUAUAGCCUGGUGCUACUUGUGCCUUCAAAGCGUUUCCAAUUUACCUGAUGCUCAAGAAAGACUGAAACGAUGUGAAGAAGUUUUCAACCGAACCUAUGGUCGUAAUUUCGAGAGAGUUAAUGCCGUUAAGGGAUAUUCAGGAAAUGAAGAAGCCCUUGUUAUGAGGCUGCAUUUGCUUCAAGCAGUCCUUUUAUAUCAUCAGAACAAGAGAAACGAAGCUUUGCGUAUGUUCCACGUAACCGAGCACGAACUGAACGGUCUGAAAAUCGAUGAACACAGCAUCGUUCAUCUUCUAGAAUUAGGUUACACUUUGGAUGAAUCGAAAAGGGCGUUGAGAGCCACAAAGGGCAACGUCGGUCAAUCUGUGCAGUACAUUACCGACAUGAAAGAGCAGGAAAAGAGGGUGAAAGCGAAGGCGUUGUUGGACAAGGAGAGGAAAAAGCUAGGGUUAUGCGCUGACGGUAAGCAAUACGUUGAGCCCAAUUAUCUGGAGAUACUGGUUGAUAUGGGUUAUGAUAGAGAGGCAGCUAGAAUCGCCCUGCAAAAAAACAACAAUAUCAUAACGAACAGCGUGCAGUAUAUUCAGGACAAUCCGAUGCCUGGUCCUAGUGCUUCGGGACAUUCCGAUGUCGUGGUUCAACAUGACCUAGAGGAUAUAGUGGAAAGUCUGCUACCCCAAUUGGUUGCUGUGGGUUUCACUGCAGAAAUGGCAACGUUGGCUUUGUAUAAACACGGCGGAAACAUUUACAAAGCUGCUGAGGAUUUGUUGAAUAAUAACGGGAUUAUUGAUGCGGAAUCAGCUGGAAUCAACUUGGAAGAAGUUGCUAGGAAAAAGGCUAAAACCGAAGAGUCGGACGAAAAUGAUCCGAAAAAUGAAGCUUACAAUCGUUUAGUGACCGAUAUGAAUGUUGAGGAAGAUCUCGAUUUGUCCCUUCAGCAAGAAGAGCAAAUGCUCAAGAUGUUUUUGGAGCUCCUUCAAAAAUGAUUUACUCGAGUUUUUUCCUCACAUACAUCGAUUAUUUCGUUUACAGACUGAUAUCGAGAUCUUAAUUCGCUUAUUCAACAACAAAAUAGCAAUUAAGGAUCUCCUUAAUUGAUUACGACUGAUUAUUUUUUGUUAACUAUCACAAUUCAUUUUGUUUAGUGACUGACUUUUUGAAGAUUUCUAUUUGUUUCUUCAACAGAAAGUGCGUAUGUUGAAGAUCCUAAUUUGCUUCUUCAACAACAAAAAAGCGAUUGAUUCAAGUUUUUGGGUCUCCUAAAUUGGUUUCGACUGAUUAUUUUUUGUGAAUUAUCACAGUUUAUAGCGACUGAUUCAAAUGUUUAAGAUCUCGAUUUGUUGCUUCAACCCAAAGUGCAAUUGCAUCCGAGUUUUUUUGGAUAAGUUCCAAAAUUGAAUUCAAUAUUGAGAAUUUUUCUUUCUCAAAUAUUAUAUUGCUAAAAGACUGAUGUGAAUGUUGAAGAGGAGCUUAUUUUUUCUUUAACAGGAAAUGUGCAAUUGCUUAAAAUAUUUUGAGGUCUUUACAUAAUUGUUUUUAAUAUUAAAUGAAUAUUUUCUGUUCGAAU